AUGGGUCACGGACGGCCUGCAAAGCGCAGGCGCUUGACGCCGCCAGUCGACGACAGCAAAGUCUCAGAAACCGUCAAGGCUGCCGACCUCUUCACCCGAGUCGCAGACUGGGAUCUCGAACAAGAAUAUGAACAGAGAUCGCGGGGCAAGAAGACCAAGGAAUCCACGAGACUACCGAUCAAGACGGCAGAAGGGACGAUCAGACAAGUCCAGACACCGCGCGAUGACGAAGAUGCAGACUCGGACAGUUUUCUCGGCUCCGGUACUGACGACGAGGACGCAACCGCCCAGCAAUCUACGCCUCCCACUGACCCCGAACCACAAUCUACACCACAAAUCCCCGUGAAGCAGCAAGUUCUGUCGGCCAAAGAAGAAAUUGCCCGCCUAGCAACCCUCCUGAACGAGGACCCGGAAGAACACUCCUCAUCGUUCAAGAAGCUGGCCCAACUCGCUACGCCUACAUCCCCUGUCGCAGUGCAGAAACUUGUCCUCGCGGCCCAAGCGGCCGUCUACAAGGAUAACAUCCCUGGGUACCGCAUACGGAUCUACAAGGAUGAAGAACUGGGGAACAAAAUCUCCAAGGAUGUGCGGAAGACGAGACAAUACGAGCACGCCCUGGUCACGGGAUACCACGCCUACGUGAAACAGCUCAACAGUCUGGCGAAGAAUCGAAAGGGCGAUGCCGAGCACCGGUCAUUGAGGAGCGUGGCGAUCAACUGCGUGUGCACGCUUCUGCUGUCCGUCCCUCACUUCAAUUUCCGGACAGAACUGUUAAACGUCCUGGUGCACGAAAUCUGUAGCCGCGAAGCCACGGCCGAGUUCAGCAAGUGCAUCGACACGCUCGAGAAAUUCUUCGCCAACGACGAAGAUGGCGCGCCCUCCCUCGAAGCAGUCAGUCUGCUGACCAAGACGAUGAAGGCGAAGGACUACCGCGUCCGGGAGGAGACGUUGAAUACGUUCUUCCAGCUGCGCCUCUUGUCGGAACUCCCGCCCGCGGGCUCGACGAACAAGGACGAAGGCUCAGACGCUGCAUCCAAGAUCCACGGCCGGAAGAUCAAGAAGGAGAAAUCGCAGCACAUGACCAAGAAGGAGCGCAAACUCCGCAAAGAACGCAAAGCCGUCGAGAAGGACAUGGCGGAGGCGUCCGCGUUGGUGAACCACGAGGAGCGCGAAAAGCUGCAAUCCGAGACCCUGAAGCUCGUCUUCGUCACAUACUUCCGCGUCCUCAAGCAGCGCGUCCCCUGGCUGAUGGGCGCGGUGCUCGAGGGCCUGGCGCGCUACGCCCACCUGAUCAACCAGGACCUGUUCGGCGAUCUGCUGGAGGCGUUGAAAGAGAUUGUGGCCCAAGCCCAAGCCCAAGCUCAGGCCGACGACGACCCAUUGUCUCCCGCGCAUCAUCUCAACUCUGUCACAGACGAGGAAUCAGGCGCGGUAGAGACCCCCAACGGCGCCACGAUGCGCAACCUGACUCGCGAAUCACUCCUCGCCACGCAAACCGCCUUUACGCUCCUCUCGGGCCAGGACGCCUCCCGCGCGGCCUCGACCUUGAACCUCGACCUCAGCUUCUUCACCGCGCACACCUACCGCGCAUUAUACCCGCUAAGUCUGGACGCAGACAUCGAACUCGGACCGAAAUCCCUACGAUUGCCGGAUCCGCAUUCUGCUUCGAUGUCGCCGAGUACCGGCAAUGGCAACGGCAGUCGCAACGGAAAUGGAAAGAGCAUGAAAGUCAACAUCUCGACGCCCAUCCUCCUACUCACCAGAGUCCUCGCCUCCAUUCUCUUGACUCCCUCAGCCCCACCGCCCACGCUCACGGCGCUAGCGUUCUUCAAGCGCCUGUUGACGGUGUCGUUGCAAUUGCCCGAGAAAUCGUGCCUCGCGGUCCUGGCCCUGCUGCACAAGGUCGCGGACAAACACGCGCGCAAGAUCGAACCGCUGUGGUACAGCGACGAGCGCAAGGGCGAUGGCGUGUUCAACGGGAAGAGUGACUCUGUGGAAGGGACGAACGUGCUCAGCGUCGGGACCGGGGUGUGGGAAGUGGAGAUCAUGAAGAGGCAUUUCUGUCCUGCGGUCAGGGAGACGGUCGGGAAAGUUGAAGCCGUGGUUAGGGAUCUACAGACAUAG